AUGAGGAUGUUUCAAAGACAGCUUUUUCGCACUCGCUAUGGUCACUACGAGUUUCUUGUCAUGCCAUUCGGGUUGACCAAUGCCCCAGCCGCAUUUAUGGACCUCAUGAACAGAGUUUUUCGUCCGCAUUUAGAUCGCUUUAUCAUCGUCUUCAUCGAUGACAUCUUGAUUUAUUCCAAGACUCAAGAGGAACAUGCAGAACAUUUGAGAAUUGCCUUACAGACUUUAAGGGAACAUCGUCUAUAUGCUAAGAAAGAAAAGUGUGAUUUCUGGAUGACUGAAGUGAAAUUCCUUGGACAUGUUGUUUCCCAAGAGGGCAUAUCAGUUGAUCCCUCCAAGGUAGAGGCUGUGUUGAACUGGGGGCGUCCGAAGAAUGUGUCAGAGAUUCGUAGUUUCCUUGGGUUAGCGGGAUAUUAUCGGCGAUUUGUGGAAAAUUUCUCGAGGAUUGCAUCGCCUUUGACAAGGUUGACGAGAAAGGAUGUUAGCCUCAAGUACCUGUUCACCCAACGAGAUUUGAAUUUGAGACAACGAAGAUGGAUAGAGUAUAUGGAAGAUUACGAUUUCAAUCUUCAGUACCACCCAGGAAAAGCUAAUGUUGUAGCAGAUGCUUUGAGCCGGAAGAGCCAUGGAGUCUUAGCUAGUUUGGCAUUUGAAGAUUGGAAUAGGUUAGCUACCGUUGGGAGUUUUGAUUUGCAGUACUAUGAGGAUAGUUACAAGGCAUGUGUCUUCAACAUUGUGGCAACUCUUACCUUGAUACAACUGGUAAAGCAAGGGCAAUGGCAUGAUGAAGAACUUGGUGAAGUUUGGGACCAGCUUCAAAGUGGAAAACAGAUUGAGGAAUGGCAGGUCAAAGCGGAUCAUCAGAGACCUGGUGGCGAGUUGCAGCCCUUACCUAUUCCUGAUUGGAAGUGGGACCAUGUGACAAUGGAUUUCGUCACGGGAUUACCUAGAACCCAAGAGGGGUAUGAUGCUGUAUGGGUUGUCGUGGAUCGCUUAACGAAGACUGCCCAUUUCAUUCCUAUAAGAGAUGAUUAUAAGGUUCCCAAGCUAUGUCGAUUGUACAUCGAGAGGGUAGUCACGUUACACGGUGUCCCUAUGUCUAUUGUCUCUGGUCGUGACGCUCGAUUCACCUCUAAGUUUUGGAAAGGAUUACAGAAUGCUUUGGGAACUGAGCUGAGAUUUAGCACCGCUUUUCAUCCCCAGACUGAUGGCCAAUCAGAGCGGGUCAUACAGAUUCUUGAAGAUAUGCUUCACGCUUGUAUUUUGGACUUUGGAGGCAGAUGGGGUGAGUACCUACCAAAUGUUGAAUUUGCCUACAAUAAUAGCUAUCAAGCUAGCAUUGGAAUGGCUCCAUUUGAGGCUCUGUAUGGUAGACCCUGCAAAUCUCCUUUAUGUUGGGCUGAGAAAGAAGAACACAUUAAUCUCGGGCCUCAGUUUGUACGGGAAACAACAGAUAGAGUUCAACUUAUUCAUGAUCGCCUCAAAGCUGCUCAGAGUCGACAAAAAAGUUAUGCAGAUAACCGGAGACGACCGUUGGAGUUCGAGAUUGGAGAUUUUGUGUUCUUAAAAGUGACCCCAAAACGCGGUGUUUCUCAUUUUGGUGUUCGAGGCAAGCUUGCACCGAGAUACACAGGGCCAUUUCAGAUACUAGAACAAAUUGGACCAGUUGCAUACCGCCUAGACCUGCCAUCCCAAUUGUCUCAUGUCCAUAACGUCUUCCACGUGUCGAUGCUACGGAAGUACGAACCAGAUCCGUCUCAGAUAAUAACAUGGACAGAUGUCCCGAUCCAGGUAGACACGACUUACGAGGAGUUUCCUGUUUGGAUUUUAGAAUGUGAGAUUAAGACUUUGCGUCAUCGUGAGAUACCCUUGGUAAAAGUUCUAUGGCAGUAUCAUGGAGAUGAGGAAGCUACUUGGGAGCUUGAGUCAGAAAUGCAGAAAAAGUACCAUUAUCUAUUCUGA